AUGAGCCUUCAGCUCGUUCAGAGCUACGAUUCCGACGAGGACGAAGCGCGGUUAAGGAGCGCUGCUUUCGUGCAGGGAGGCGAUUCGUCGGAUUCGUCAGGCAGCGAAUCGGAAGACGCGGAGGAUGCGGAGGCAGAAGAAGCUUCGCGGAACGGAGAGGAUAGCGACGGGAAGGAAAACGCGGGAGGAGCGGCGACGGCCGGUAGGAAUGCCGGAGGAGCGCUGGCGGCCGGUAGAAUAGGCGGCGUGAGACGAACGGCUGCUGGAUUUUUGCCGGAGAAAGGACCCUCGGGAUUGCCGUCCGCUGCAGCGGCGUUCGAAGCGGUUGGGGGACCGCCGUCCUUCCUCGCACCAACAGCCCUAUCCCACUACAUGCAUAUAGCCCGCGCCGGCAAGCUCGUUGCCAUGGGAUCGGCCAAUGAGGAGGCGCCACGUGGCGUUGUGUCUGUCGCGGGUGCGGCUGCUGCUGCUCCUGCAGCGGUGGUGUACCGAGAGAGGCGGGCAGGGGGGGUCGGAGGAGGGGUGCGGGAGAUUGUAGCAGCACCUGUGAGAAACCCUAACGCCCCUGCUGCUGAACCUGAUGCUGUGGAAGGGGGGGUUGAGGAAGCAGAGGGCUCUGACGCAGUGAAUGGGGAUGCGACACGUGGCAGAAAGGCAGUGGGCGUGUCAAUGCCUCCUCCUAAAGCCGACGCAGUGGAUUUGCUCAGGAUUUGCCCGACGUGUCAGGUUCCCAAAACUCCUUCCUCAGGGCAGGGUGUGGUCUGCCCGAUCUGCCGCGAUAGGCCAGCAGGAGAUGCUGAUGUGGCAGCGGGCAGAGAGAAAGCAAAGAAACGGGAAGGGGAUAGUAAAGUCAAGGACAAGGAGAAAUCGAAGCGAAUGAAGGGCCAAUCGUCGCAUGCCACGUGGAAGAGUGAGACAGAGAUGCAGUUGAGGCAGACGUAUGACUGA